AUGUUAUGGUCUGAAAGCGAUGUGUUGUAUCAAAUUUUUCCAUCACCAUUUUCUUCGGUAGCCUGGAAAAUUCUUGUUUUUAUCACACUUCUGCAACUUAUCUUUUAUCUUGUUUUGCCCAAAGAUAUGGUUACAAUCAUCAAUAGUAUGGGAGAACGAGAGCGGCAUCCGGUAAAUUCGUUCCAAUCAUGCCUUCUUGUAAUGCUGUUAUUCAUUUUUGGCUCAGCCCUAGGUUUUUAUAAAGCAUCCAUCAUUUAUAUGAAUUGGAGUCAGACUUUAUCGUUGUUAAAUUUUAUAUCCAUGAUCAUGGUUUUAUUGUUAUACAUACGACAACGAAGUGAUGAUGAUACCUCUGAUAUUAUCAAUGGUUUGUUUUUUGGCACUGAUUUGACACCAGUAAUUUAUUCAGUUGAUCUCAAACACUUCAUCACCUACAGAAUUUCUCGAACUUUAUGGCCAUUAUACAUUAUUUCAUCUGUAUAUUACAAUUAUACAUUUUAUGGAAGAAUCAAUAAUAAUUUACUCUCCUGUGCAAUUUUGCAGCUCAUUUAUAUUGGUAAAAUACAUUGGUAUGAGCAUUUGCAAUAUGCUCAACUGGAUGCUCGGAAUAAAAAAACAGGAUUUCUCUACAUAUGGGGAACUCUCGUACUUUAUCCCGCAUUCUAUGCGACACCGGUAACAGUGCUUGCACAACGGAAGAUAAUACUAUCUUUACCAAUCAGCGUAACAAUACUUUUCAUUGGUAUUAUCGCGGUGUAUAUUGCGAUUGAUAGUGAUCGACAGCGUAUACAAUUCAGACUUGCUAAUGGAAAUAUGAAAAUAUGGGGUCAAGAUCCAUUUUUUAUUACCGCCAAAUAUCGGCGUAAGAACGGCGAAAUUGCUGCGAAUUUACUUUUGGGAAGCGGCUGGUGGGGAUUGUGUCGACAUCCAAAUUAUUUUUGCGAGUGGGUCACAUUUGCCUGUUGGACAAUUUUGCAAGGAUCAAAUACAUUUUUCACCUGCUUUCCACUUUUAUUUCUAACAUGCCAUUUGUACUUACGAUUAAAACAUGAUGAAUUGAGGUGCUUGGCAAAAUAUGGACCAUACUGGUUGCAGUAUCGGAAUAGAGUGAAGUAUUUGGUCAUUCCCUCGCUAUUUUAA